AUGAGAUCCCACACUGCUGUUCUAUUGGUCUCUGUGCUGGUGAUCUGUCACUCUGUUUAUGCAGCUAUCCUAGAAACCAACGGUUCCUAUAAGAGCUGCAGAUGCACAAAGCAGACUUCAGACUUCAUAUCGCCAAGGAGAUAUGAAAGUAUUGAGAUCAUUCCCCUUGGGGGUGCCUGCCGAACCACAGAAAUUAUACUCAAACUUAAAACAGGGCAGAAACUGUGUGUGAAUCCCAAGGCCCCCUGGAUGCAGAAAUUGCUGACUAGGAUCCGUAACCAAAAGGAACAAUUGCCUUCCUCACAAGAUGAAUAGAAGCAUAAACAACCUGAGAAGGAAAAAGGAUAGAGGGCACAACCUGAUUGUUUCGUAAUUUUGCUUUUACUGCUUCUUAUCUUUGUCUUGCUUAGCCUACAGAAUCAUUCUUUCUAAACGAGCAGCAACUUUUGUUAGCUGCUGCUCCCCUCUCGGAUCUUUCAGAAAAGCUCGAGCUGUUUUUACAUUAGUCAGAUUUUUUGUUCAGUGUUUCGGUGUGCUGCCUCAUGAGUCAUGGAAGAGAAACAUCAAAUCAAACCAACUCCAACACCACCACUUCAGGUUCUUGGAAUAAAUGGACUAAAAAGUAUUAUGGCAUCUGCUAUAAGAAGAAUUUGUGAAGUGAGCUAUUAUGUAAUGAUCCUGCAUUAUUUCCUCGGUGUCCUUUUUCCAUAUUAAAAACUUCCCAAAUAUUAAUCCCUACCUUGUUCUUUGCUUGCUAGUAAAUUUUAA